GGAAUCAUCAGAAAUCAAUAUUUCAGCUUUAUGAUUAGAACGCCAUCACACAAAUGGUUUGUUUCACACAAAAAGCAACUUGUGACACUUCGCGUCUGUCUCCCUAAAGUUCCUUUCCAUCUUAUUGACUUGCAAGUAGAACCCACGCAUAUUUCUCUAAACACUUUUCGUUUUUCUAGAAAAUAUCAACUUGAUGUCAAGUUUCCAGAAGAGUGUAAAGUCAAUCCGUAUAGAGCCAAUGCAUUUUCCACAGACAAGGGAUAUAUUUUGGUGAAUGUACCUUUUGCUCAUAAGGAAGAAGAAAGCUCACCCUCACGUAAUAUAGCCGAUGACCUUGCUGAAGAGAAGCAGAUUUGCAAAGGGAGAGAAGAGUCCAGCGAAAUCCAAAAAGAAGAACAAACUCCUUUCCUUAUGGAGAAGUUGCCCUUGUUUCGUUCAGUUUACAAACAAUUUUGUCAAAGGUUGAUGAGAGAUAUUCCAAGUGCAUAUAGAAGAAGAAGAAUAUUGCUUUCGUUUCGUUCUAGCUUUUUCAGUUAUCUAAGAGGAAACUUGUCACUUUGGGAGUUGAAGCAAAUUGUAAAUAGGUUUAGGAAAACUAGCCGAAAGUCUGUUUCUUCGAGACAAUUGAAAUGUGAUGAUGAUAUUCCUCAGAAAGUAUCACAGCCGAAGCCAACAAAGGACAUGUUGUUAAGAGUUGCAGAAGAGGUCGGUUCCAAGGUCGACAAUGUGCAACAAAUGAAAAAUGAGAAAGAAAGAGAACUCUCAAUGUUGUUUCAAAGUCGUCAACAGAAAAAAGAAUUACGAAGAGAAAGAAGACGACUGAAGAGAAAAUUUGCAAAGAAUUUAGCUCAUCAAAGAAUAGUUCAGCCAUCAGAAGUAGUCCAAUUUCAACGUAAAACGAGAGAUCCAGUUGUCCAGUUUUCGGUUCAUACAUAGAUAAGCUAUAUGAGUAGGGACUUCGUUGAUCAUAAGAGAUUAUUUACUAUCAAUAUAUACAUAUAUAAAUUAUAAAGAAGACUAGUUAGGGAUAUCUUCAAAUGCUUGAUUAUAGUACAAUCAGUAGGUGGAUGUUAUGAGA